AUGUCGUCCAGCAGCCAAGUUGCCGAGUCGUGGAUCACUGCCUUCUGCAGUCUCGUCGGCCACGAGUACUUUGCUGAGGUCUCGGAGGACUUUGUCGAGGAUGACUUCAACCUGACCGGUCUGCAGAGCCAGGUGCCCAUGUACAAGGAAGCUCUGGAGAUGAUUCUGGACGUCGAGCCCGAGGACGACUACAGCGACGAAGAUGAAGACGACGAAGACGAAGAUCUGCACGACGACGACGAGGACAUGAGGGACGCGGCCGCCUACAGACGCCAGGAGCAACGACACAUGCGCAUGGCUUCGGAUCUGUCCGUCAUGGAGAGCAGCGCCGAGAUGCUGUACGGCCUGAUCCACCAACGCUACAUCACCUCGCGCCAGGGCAUCCAGCAGAUGGCCGAGAAAUACGAAGCCGGCCACUUUGGUGCCUGCCCACGCGUCUACUGCGGUCAAGCAAAAGUCCUGCCCGUCGGCUGCAGCGACAUUCCCGGCCACGAAACCGUCAAGCUCUUCUGCCCCAGCUGUCUUGAUGUCUACACACCGCCCAACAGUCGCUUCCAAUCCGUCGACGGCGCCUUCUUCGGCACAACCUUUGGCUGCCUCUUCUUCAUGACUUUCCCCGAAUUGCGCGUCGGCGGCACCAACAUUGCCUUUGGACCCACCCCCGAACAGCUCGCCGACUUCCCCUCGACAACCACCACCACCCACCGCAAACGCCGCAGCAGCCUCACAAACGUCUCGGACACCUUCGCCUCUGCCCCGCCAGUCGCCGCACAACCCUCGCCUCUGCCCACGCAACCCACCACCAUCAACGGCUUCGCAGCAGAAAACAUGGCCCCCGGUCUGGGCAAGUCCAACAUCUACGAACCCCGCAUCUACGGCUUCCGCGUCAGCGAGUUUGCAAAGAGCGGUCCCAGGAUGAAGUGGCUGCGCGAAAAGCCCGUUGACUUGAACGAGCUGGACGAGGUCGCCAUCUGG